AUGUCCCUAAUACGAGCGCUAGUGAGGCGGCGUUUUGUCAAAAUGAUCAUUUGGAUGGUAGCAAUUUUCCUAGCUAUUAUUUGUAUAAACAGUAUUGUGUAUCUAGACCAAAAUGUGGAAGUUCAUAGUGCCAUGAACGACAGUGAUUCUUCAUUUCCCCUAUAUCUGGUCAAAUGCUUUAUAUUUUCUGCUAUUUCAGAUUCGACAGAGCCGACCAUUGGAGAGGUAGGCCAGUUUUUAAUGGUCAAAAACAAUUUGCCGUUGCAGCUUAAACAGUAUCCACCAACGUCGAAUGAACUAGACGAUGGGAAUUCAACUUUGCCAUCGAAAUACUUUCUUGUCGCGGCUGCCAUGAUGUAUAACAAGGGAGAUUAUAUUACUGAAUGGAUAGAAUUUCAUCUUCUUCAAGGGUUUGACAGAUUUGUUAUAUACGAUCAUAUGGGAACAGACAAUCUAUCGGCAGUUAUCAAUCCUUAUAUUGAAGCAGGAGUCGCCGAAGUGAUUGUAUGGCCAAAAGAGUUUGAAUUGACAGAUCUCCCACCAUUAGGGCCGCGGAUCUGGCCUAGCGAUGACAUAAAGGAAAGCUUUGAAACGUCUUUUAAGCGUGAGUGCUUAGAAAUCAAAGAUUUAUGGCAUAUUCAUGGCGGAUGUCAACGUACCGCCAUGCAAGAUGCUAUUGCAAGAUAUCGAAAUCGCACGGAAUGGAUUACCGUGUUUGAUGUCGACGAGUUUUUUUAUGUUUCAAAAACAGGAAACGAAACAGCAGAUACUGCAAGCAUCACUACAGUUCGGGAUGUUUUGAUGUCUAAAGGAAAGGAUUAUGAUCACAUUAAAGUUCCUGGCAAGAUUUUUGGUACGAGCGGCUUUUUACAUAAGCCUAUUUCGCAGAACGGCUUGCCUAACCGACUUGUUACUGAAGCGUAUCGGUACAGAGUCAACACAGAGACUGGACAAAGACAUGAAGAGUUGUUUAUGGCCGGCAGAUCAUAUUGCGAAAAAUCAUUUGCACGCAUUUCUACCGUUACCAGCACAGUUAUUCAUCAUUUUACAUUUGAUCACUAUGAAAGCGAGGGAAACACAGUGCGGGAACUCACAACUGGCAACGAAUUAAUAGACAUGAAUCAUUAUCAAUAUCUGUCACACUAUCAGCAAAAUUUUAAAGCGUUUGUAAACACUAAUUGGAAUAUUUUUUACUGGAGACCUGUAGAAAUGCUUUUUUGCGAAACGCUCGACUACAGUGUUGGAUAUCUCGUGCCUUUGGUUGACUACAAUUUACGCGUUCGAUAUCACUAUGAUCGAUUGAAAACAAUUGCUCAGAAACAUCAAUUGCAAGACAGUCCCCAUUUUAAAAAUCAUCGUAAUUCAGUUUCUCAAUUCAGUCUUUCAAGAAAACCAUUUGAGUUGUGUAUUGCAUUUACUCAUGUCAAUAAUGAGGCUCAUAAACUUCGACGCGCCAUAAAUACCAUUCUGCACCAUAUGAUAAAUGUCGAACCAGACAUCACAUUUAAAACAGUAUUGGUUAUGAACCAUCAAUCUGCUCCACAGGAGCCAACUAAACUUGAAUUGGAGUAUCUCCACGACAUAGUGUCUUUGUUUGAUGAGAUUGAGGUGCUCCCAAAACUCAGUCCGUGGACUAUUGCAAUGGACAGAGCUACAGAGCGAUGCAAAAGUGCCCAGUACACACUGUUCAUGGAGGACAACUGGGAAACUCGCAUUUACUCGGGGUCUAUAUCCGAUUAUAGUCGUCCUGGUCUCAACUUGCCCAUGAUUCGUCAUGCAAUGCACCUAAUGGAUCACGAAAAAAACAUUCUUGAGGUAUGGCUUGGCGAUACUCCAAUUGACCCACCAGCUUAUGAGCAUGUACGAUCAGGCUGGAUCAAGGCAACAUUUCUUCCAGCUCUUGAUCGCAAUGACUCAAAUUUUCGACUUCUUCAAAAACAAAUCUACGAUGAUAAGCUAAAAAAUGCUGUAUGGAAAGACACGUUUGAUAAUUUUUUGAAAGAAAAGAAAAUCAAGCAACGAUUUAUGCAGUACGCCAAGGAUACUCUUGAUUUAGAACGUCGUGACCAAACGCCUUUUAUUUUGUCCUCUGAAGGAGAUGAAGAUUACUCGGUCGAGCAAAAGCGGGAUUUAAGUCAAGUUGAUCAAGAUUUGGAUGAGUUUGAUUACGAUGAUGCAGUAGUUGAGUCAGACAAGCCAGUCGAGAUCAAAAGUCGCGAACGAUCAGCAAAACUUCUUGCAGACUUUUACAAAUCUGCCAAAUUACGCUUGAAUUGCUUUCCUCAAAUUGAAUGCCCUUCGCGAAUCACCUAUAUUCGAGUACAGGGAAUGCAAGGUGGUAGUGGUUUGUCUGUUGUGCGACUCGGUGGAACAAUCAAAAAUAACCAACGCCUUGCAACGCUUCCAUCGUGGAACAAUAUUGCUGAUAACGCAAAGCAUCAGUCGCCAUUGGUUAUUCAAGAGAUGUACGGACAAGAGGCAAUAUCUCGUGGAUUCAAGAGUGCACAUAUUUGCUUGACAACGCCAGGCUUGCAGGCUGAAUGUAAUCUUGAUCCUGAUUACAUGUCCGACGAGGUUGUUACUGGAAUCAUGUGGCGACAGCGAAUCUUGCUGGACAAGGACCGCACUGGACCUGCAUUUCCCGAUCGUCCUAUGGAUGUCUAA